AUGGCUGCCUCGACCCCUACUUUCAAGCUCGUCCUCGUCGGUGACGGUGGUACCGGCAAGACCACCUUCGUCAAGCGCCACUUGACUGGUGAGUUCGAGAAGAAGUACAUGGCCACCCUCGGUGUCGAGGUCCACCCUCUCGGCUUCAGCACCAACUUCGGCCAGAUCCAGUUCGAUGUCUGGGAUACCGCCGGUCAGGAGAAGUUCGGUGGUCUCCGUGACGGUUACUACAUCAACGGCCAGUGCGGUAUCAUCAUGUUCGAUGUCACCUCCCGCAUUACCUACAAGAACGUUCCCAACUGGCACCGUGAUCUCACCCGUGUCUGCGAGAACAUCCCUAUCGUCCUCUGCGGUAACAAGGUCGACGUGAAGGAGCGCAAGGUCAAGGCCAAGACCAUCACCUUCCACCGCAAGAAGAACCUCCAGUACUACGAUAUCUCCGCCAAGUCCAACUACAACUUCGAGAAGCCCUUCCUCUGGCUCGCUCGCAAGCUCGUCGGCAACAACGCUCUCGAGUUCGUCGCUGCUCCCGCCCUUGCUCCUCCUACCGCCGUUGUCGACCAGGAGCUUAUGGAGAAGUACCGCGCCGAGAUGGACGAGGCCGCCAACAUGCCUCUUCCCAACGAGGAGGACGAUGAUGAUCUCUAA